AUGGUUUCGUCUAAGCUUCAGGGCCGCGACGCCGGCGAGGAACAGCAACUGCUUCCCCUUGCACGGCCAGGUGUGGAAGGCAAGGCAUCCCGCUGGAGGACUUUGGUGAAGCGAAAGUGGAAGCACAAAGAGGACAUUCACAUGAAGGAGGGCGGGAGCACUUCAAAUUGCUUGCGAAGUGAGAUGAUCAUGCCGGUGGUCAGAGAUCGUUUUGGGCUGGACGAGACCCCCGGCGACCCGGAUCCCUUAGUCAAGAGUCAAGAGUGGCCUGCCAGACCCUUUGCCGGGCAGAUCUUCGUCAGCGCGGAGGUUUCGGCCUACCGCGAAUUUCCAAGUGGCAGAGAUUCGGAGGGCCAUGACUUUGGCCUAUGGACUGGCAGCAGUCAGUCGUCGUCUUCUACCCGAAGCUUGAAGCAGACACUGCCCGAAGCAUUGAGGCGAGCUCGGCUUCGUAAAGAGGUCACCAUGCAGGUGCCUCACGAGAUCCCUGCCCUUUCGAAGUUGCCUGUCUUAUUGCAGAUGACAUGCUGGAAAACGAGGGCGCCCAUUUCAGC